UUUAACAUUGGCAACCCUGCUUCGGUUAGACAAACCCACAUAACCUCACAAUUUGUAAGUCACAAAUGUCCUCGAAUUGGGUUAAGUUAUUAAAUCACACAAUUUAACGAAAAUGAAUCAAGCAGAUGUGUCCAAAUUAGUUUCGCAGCUGAAAUUCCGCGUAAAUCCGCGUCUACGUAAGUUCAGAAACUCUGGGGGACCGGAAGAAAGGUUAAAUUGGUUACGAAAAACGGUAACUGCUUUGAUAAAACAUGAAAGAAUAGAGUUAAAUUACCCCAGAGCUGAUGAGGCUCGUAUGUAUGCUGAAAGAUUGAUAUCUGAUGCUAUACGAUAUGGAGAUUGUCACAAAACAACAAUGGAUGUGGCUGAUUACUGGAUAGUUGAAAAACAACUUAUACACAAGCUUUUUAAGGUUCUAGUCCCGCGUUAUGAGCACUAUAACGUAGCCUAUACACGUUUAAUUAAAGUACCAAGAGUUUACCCAGGUGAUACUCUACCCAAAGCUGUACUGGAGCUAAAAGGUAACCCCUAUCCAAGUUUAUUGCCCGAUACUUCAACAAAUAGAGGGAUUAUUCAUAAUGUUUUAUUGGAUGAGGCAAAAAAAGCAUACAGGCAACAAAAAUACGCUGAAAUUGCUGCAAAAAUAGAUGCUGCCGAAGAGAAGUUUAGCGAUUUAAAAAUUAGUGGAAAAGAUGAGAAAAAUGUUAGUUCAUUGUAAAUAUAUUUAAUUUAUUAGGA